CCGAAAUCAAAGAUGGGAACUAAACAUUUCCUCACAGCCAUCGUCACACUCUCGGUCUUAAUCUCAUGCAACACUAUUCCAACCUCCGCCGCCACAUCAAAGAAAAACUCAACCAACUUCGUGUUGAAAUCGUGCAAAGCGACGACGUACUCGUCGCUGUGCAUCAAGACGCUGGUUCCCUACGCGUCGACGGUGGGGACGAACCCCUUGAAGCUGUGCAAGGUAGCCCUGAAGGCGGCGGUGCUCGCCACCUACAACUGCUCGGCCACCGUGACGAAGCUGGCCAAGCAGAAGGGAGUGAAGAAGGCGGAGGCGAUGGCCGUGAAGGACUGCAUCGGAGACCUAAAAGACGCCGUCACUGAGCUCAAGGACACGCUCACCGCCAUGGGCCACAUGAACGGCGGUGACAGAGAGUUCGAGUGGGCCAAUGCCAAAACAUACGCCAGCGCCGCCAUCACCGACGCUGAGACGUGCAUCGACGGCUUCCUCGAGCGGAAGGUGAGCGCCUCCGUUAAGAAGAAGAUCAAUAGCUGUGUCACUGGAGUUGAGAGGCAUAUCAGCAACGCCUUGGCCCUUAUUAACCAUCUCUAUUAA